AUGGGAGCGCAUUCUUAUGGGCUUUUUUUCCGCAAGGGAUGGUUCACGAGGACCAUUGUCAAGACCGCUGGGUUAUUUAUAGCCGCCGACGCCUACGUCAAAUACGAAUACGGUAUCGAUGUGAACUACGACUUCAACACCACCGCUUGGAACUGGUGGAUGGACAAGACCCCUGAGGAGAGGUAA